GAAGAAAAAUAACAUAUAUAAAAAAAUAUUUCCAACUUCGUCGUUGUGAAUUUGUGACUUGUGAUCCAAUUCCAAGCCCCUCUCUCUUGACUCUCUCUCUCGCUAUCUCUCUCUGCAACUUGGGAAGUUCGUUCAGACUUUUUGGGGCAGAUGAAGUGCUUCCAUUUCACUAAUGGGGAGAGGCGGGACGACGAGGAACCCGGCAUCGUUUGUCGGGCGGCGUCGAAGGUGUCGUGGGCGCGUUCGCUCAGCGUGGCCUCCAGCAGCUACGACACCACUCGGCGGUCUGAGUUCGACUCGGACGCGAGGAACCUGUCCGACUCGGUCGCCUUCCAGGAGUUGCUGAGCCUGCGGCGAGCCAAUGAUCUGAGGGUGUUCAAGUUCUCGGAGCUCAAGUCGGCAAGCAGAGGGUUCAGUAGGGCCCUGCUGAUUGGGGAAGGAGGGUUUGGGUGCGUUUACAGAGGGAUCGUCAAGGGCUCUGACGACGAUGCCACUAAAAUGGACGUUGCUAUCAAACAGUUGAAUCGUAAUGGCUUCCAGGGGCAUAAGGAGUGGAUUAAUGAAGUAAACUUAUUGGGCGUUGUCAAGCACCCAAAUCUUGUUAAGUUAGUGGGAUACUGUGCAGAAGAUGAUGAAAGGGGGAUUCAACGGCUUCUGGUUUAUGAACUUAUGCGUAAUAAAAGCUUGGAGGACCAUCUAUUGGUUCGAUUUCCAUCAUCUCUCCCGUGGAUGACAAGAUUAAAAAUUGCUCAAGACGCAGCCCGUGGAUUGGCGUAUCUGCAUGAAGAAAUGGAUUUUCAGCUAAUAUUCCGCGAUUUUAAACCGUCAAACAUUCUGCUAGAUGAGGAAUUCAAUGCAAAGCUUUCGGACUUUGGACUGGCAAGGCAGGGACCUCCAGAGGGAACGAGUCAUGUUUCUACAUCAGUUGUGGGCACCAUAGGAUAUGCGGCGCCGGAAUAUGUACAAACUGGGAGGUUGACUGCCAAAAGUGAUGUAUGGAGCUUUGGAGUGGUUCUCUUUGAGCUCAUCACAGGAAGGAGGGCGGUGGAGAGAAAUUUGCCACGGAGUGAGCAGAAGCUUUUGGAAUGGGUCAGGCCUUAUGUUUCAGACUCGAAGAAAUUCCACCUCAUUGUGGACCCUCGGCUUGAAGGACAGUUUUGCAUCAAAUCAGCUCAAAAACUUGCAUCAUUAGCUAACAGGUGUCUAUCAAAACAACCGAAGUCUCGCCCAAAAAUGAGUGAGGUGGUUGUGGUUUUAGGAAGCAUCAUAGAUGAGCUGUCAUCUCAAGAUGAGGUUGUCCCUGAACCUGUUAUUGAAACAGAAGAAGCAAAGGAAGAAACUGUGGAGGAGACCGAGAUCGAGACUACCAAACAUGGAAACAAAAAAAGGGUUUUCGAUAUAAGAGAAAUGGUAAACUUUAGAAACAAAUCUAUUGGGAAGCUAGAUUGGAGAAACUGGACCCCGAUAAGAACUUGGUGAUUAAGCUAUCAGCCAAGUUUAUGGCAGAAGAAAAAAAAGAAAAAAAAAGCUUCAUCCAUUUGAUUUGCUCGUUGUCGGAAAUGAAAGAUGGGUGCAUUUCUACCUUCACAUUGAAGACAAUAGAUGCUUGUUCUUCAAAGCUAAUAGAGGUAUGAGGUUCUUCUCCAUUUUUUUCUUUUUUACCAGAUGGUUGUAAAUAUAAUUUGUAAAGGAGGCUGCACUUUAGAGGCAUGCAUCCUUUUCUGUAUUACACAAAAUGAGGCGCAAAUUCAUGCUCUCCCCCGUAAUGAGUAUCACCGUCCUAGUGGUGAGCGUGAA